GUUUUUAGUCUGCGCCGCUCUUAGGUUUUAUUAAUUUUUUAACUUAAUCCAAAAUCCCGGCAGAGAAAAAGACGUCAAUGCCCUUCAAUUGCCGAAACCCGAAAAGGGGAAAGAGAGAGAAGAAGCAGAAGAAACGAUCGGCAGAGAGAGCGAGAGACAGAGAGAAAGGUCAUCCGAAGAUUCGUUCUCAUCAGAUUCCUCCGAUCUCCCAUGGCUUUGUUUUGCUAAGGCUAAGAGAUUUCCUGGGUUUUGGAGACACUCUGCGAAGGAGGGAGAUCGAUCUCUUUUACCUCUUCUAGCGUCGCGAGGAAAAAAAUAAAACGAGGCUGAACACUGUGAGGGGAUUAGAAAUGGCAGAUGGAAUAUCGAGCUUUUGGGGUCCAGUGACUUCUACGAUAGAGUGCUGUGAGAAGAACUACGCCUACUCAUCUUACAUUGCAGAGUUCUAUAACACCAUAUCCAAUGUCCCUGGAAUCCUUUUGGCUCUCAUUGGUCUUGUCAAUGCACUAAGGCAACGGUUCGAGAAGAGGUUUAGCAUUCUUCACAUAUCGAAUAUGAUACUUGCCAUCGGCAGCAUGCUCUACCAUGCCACUUUGCAGCACGUGCAACAACAGAGUGAUGAGACACCGAUGGUGUGGGAGAUACUUCUUUACAUGUACAUCCUUUACUCACCAGAUUGGCAUUACAGAAGUACAAUGCCCACUUUUCUCUUCCUCUACGGUGCUGCUUUUGCUGUAGUCCACGCUUUCCUCAGGUUCGGCAUCGGUUUCAAGGUCCACUACGUGAUUCUUUGCCUUCUAUGCAUCCCUCGGAUGUACAAGUACUACAUUCACACAGAGGACACGGCAGCUAAAAGGAUCGCGAAAUGGUACGUUGCUACGAUCCUAGUGGGAAGCGUGUGCUGGUUCUGUGACCGUGUUUUCUGCAAGACGAUAUCUCAGUGGCCUGUGAAUCCUCAGGGACAUGCUCUGUGGCAUGUUUUCAUGAGUUUCAACUCGUACUGUGCGAACACGUUCUUGAUGUUCUGUCGAGCUCAGCAACGUGGAUGGAAUCCAAAGGUAAAAUACUUUCUGGGAGUUCUUCCUUAUGUCAAGAUCGAGAAGCCAAAAGCACAAUGAGAAAGAAGAAAAAUGUUUGUGGAAAAGAAAAAAAAUCCCAGAAGGAAGAUCAUAAAUAUAGUUUUUUGUUCAUCGGUUUGUCAGAAGUUUCGAUGUCGGUUUUUUUAAUUUUAUUUUUUGGAAGUGAAAACUCUCUAGAUACAGAGUCUAGAUUUUUGUUUUUUCUCUUUUUUUUUUAUUGUAUUAGUUAUUGGGGAUGAUGAUCUUAUGAAGAAAUGAUUUUUAAUUUGCUUAAACGCUCUUGUGUUUUA